AGUGUCAUCAAGGAGGUUGAAGUAGAAACCACGCCCCAUCUUGAGAAUAAUGCGGAUCUUACGUGGCGAAGAGACCGAUCCCCGAUGCCACACGUCUUUCGCAGUGGAGUCGCUUCGUCUUGAACCGCGCUCAGUUCAACCACUACCUACCCUCAAAAAUCUGCUGCAAAGCUUGGAACCCGGAAAAAAUUAAAAUGAAACCCAUGUUGUUACUCCUAUCGGUUCUAGGGUUUUGCAUCGCUGCCAAAGGAUUCGAUGAAUUUACCCAGACAUUCGUGAAGCCACACGCGAGCUUGUCGCACAUAGCCCAAUGCAUGAGACUCUUGAAGCUGGGAUUGAAUGCUGGGAGCUCUCGGGAAGGUGUGGACGAUCACCGACUGGCUGACGCAAACCUCGGUGCUUCCUGUGUUCCUCCCCUCAAACUGAAUUCGAAGUGGCGCCUCAGCGGCAGGUACAAUAACUCGUUCAGCCUCAUGGUGAAAUCACGAUGGAUGGUGAACAAAGCCAGUGCGAACACCGCCGAUCACAAGGUGAAGGCUAAGAGGAAAUCGAGCUACGUGAAUCUGAUGCAUUGCAUUCGCUGCUCGAAGCACAGGGCCACCGACAAGGCACGCCGAACUACUGUAACCCUAAACUUGUAGCGCGGUCUGAACGGAGGUUUAUCUGAGCCCAUUUCCGUAUUGCGCUUUUUCCUCUUCUUCUUUUACUUUUACUUUUUGGGGACAGGGGGGAAAAGUAGAAAGGAGCAAGAAGGAGGAGAAGAAGAAAAGGGAGAUACUGAAGAAGUGUAUAUAUGGAAUUUCAUCAAUACAAAAGAAAAAAAAAAAAAAACAGAAGUCAGAAAAGAAAAAAAAAACAUAAAAAUAUGCAUUUAAAAUAUUUAGAAAUUUUCCUACACAAAUUUUAAGAUAGUUUAUUCGUAUGAUUUUUUUUAUAAAUUUACAUUCAAAUAAAUCAAACCAUGUAAAAUCAUGCUUGCACAUAUGCCUUUUGGAUAGUCAAGCAGUAAAUAAAUUACUAUGUAAAAUUUAUCCCAUGUCAAAAUUUUAUAGAAAGCUGUAUAUAUACCAAAAUUGACACUAAAAUAGGAUACUAUAAGAGAUAUUAAAAACUUCUUUUAGCAGAAUAAUUUACAAAAAAUAUUUUUUUUCUGUCAUCUAUCAAAUGCACAACUUUCAGUUUGUUUAAAUAUAUAUUUUUUCUUGUCUAGUGUCUAUAAUUUAUUUUAGAAAUUUAUUUACGUACACAAUUUUGUAAUAAAUGUGAUCAUUCUAAUUUGAAUGAUUUUCUCUCUUUCUAUCCCUCAACAAGUAGAAAAAAGAUAGAGACAAAGAAAAAGAUACAUUUUAUCUCAACAUUUUUGAAAAUCCCAUGUUCGUGAUAUCACUCAUGCAAGUAAAAUUAACAGAAAAAAUUAUAAUAUUAAAUUGCACAAAUGAAAUGG